GCACGGCGGCUCCCGAGCCGGCCGGGAGGGGAGGAGGCGGUCGCGGUUUGGCUCCGGCUCCGGCUCCGGCAACGGAGUUUGGGGGCUGUCUUCUGAGAAUUGAUCUUACCCACCCGCGCUUCGGCAAAAGCAAAUGGCUGGCGUAGAAGCAUAAGCCGCUACCAGUCUUCGGAUCUGUGCUUGGUUUUUCUCUUGCAUCUUGAGAGUCGCGAUCGUCAUGCGGUGAUGUGUGCCGAGGGAGGAUUGAUCACCUGCAUAUCCUGGAUCUCACCGCAUUUUGGACAUGACUGAGUGUCUACAAUGGGCCAGGUAUCACUGGCAACGGCUGAUGGGCGGUAGAAACAGGGACGACAAUGAGAGGCCAUACAACUAUUCCUCUCUGCUUGCUUGUGGGGUCAAGUCCUCUCAGACUCCCAAACUGGCAGGAAAGCACCGGGUUGUUGUUCCCCACCUCCGGCCCUUCAAGGAUGAGUAUGAAAAGUUCUCUGGCACCUACGUGAAUAACCGAAUACGGACAACAAAGUACACACUUCUAAAUUUUGUGCCAAGAAAUUUAUUUGAACAAUUUCACAGGGCCGCCAAUUUGUAUUUCCUGUUUCUAGCUGUCUUGAACUGGGUGCCUUUGGUAGAAGCCUUCCAAAAGGAAAUUACAAUGCUGCCUCUGGUGGUGGUCCUUACAAUUAUUGCAAUUAAAGAUGGUUUGGAAGAUUACCGAAAAUACAAAAUUGACAAACAGAUCAACAAUUUAGUAACUAAAGUUUACAGCAGGAAAGAGAAAAAAUAUGUUGACCAAUGCUGGAAAGAUGUUGCUGUUGGGGACUUUAUUCGCCUUUCCUGUAAUGAGGUUAUUCCUGCAGACAUGGUCUUACUCUUUUCAACCGAUCCGGAUGGAAUCUGUCACAUUGAGACUUCUGGUCUUGAUGGAGAGAGCAAUUUAAAACAGAGGCAGGUGGUUCGGGGAUAUGCAGAGCAGGACUCUGAAGUUGACCCAGAGAAAUUCUCCAGUAAGAUAGAAUGUGAAAGUCCAAACAAUGACCUCAACAGAUUCCGAGGCUAUCUAGAACAUUCCAACAAAGAACGCGUGGGUCUCAGUAAAGAAAAUUUGUUACUUAGAGGAUGCACCAUUAGAAACACAGAGGCUGUCGUGGGCAUUGUGGUUUAUGCAGGCCAUGAAACCAAAGCAAUGCUGAACAACAGUGGUCCCAGGUAUAAGCGCAGCAAAUUAGAAAGAAGAGCAAAUACAGAUGUCCUCUGGUGUGUCCUCCUUCUGGUUGUGAUGUGUUUAACUGGUGCAUUGGGUCAUGGAAUCUGGUUGAGUAGAUACGAAAACAUAAUGUUUUUUAAUAUCCCUGAGCCUGAUGGACAUGUCAUAUCACCCGUGUUGGGAGGAUUCUAUAUGUUUUGGACCAUGAUCAUUUUGUUACAGGUCUUGAUUCCCAUUUCUCUCUAUGUUUCCAUUGAAAUUGUGAAGCUCGGACAGAUAUAUUUCAUUCAAAGUGAUGUGGAUUUCUACCAUGAGAAAAUGGAUUCCACUGUUCAGUGCCGAGCCCUGAACAUCACUGAGGAUCUUGGACAGAUUCAGUACCUCUUUUCUGAUAAGACAGGAACUCUCACUGAGAAUAAGAUGGUUUUCCGAAGAUGUAGUGUGGCAGGCUUUGAUUACUGCCACGAAGAAAAUGCCAAGAGGUUAGAGUCCUACCAGGAAGCUCUCUCUGAAGAUGAAGAUUCCACAGACACUCCCAGUGACUCCCUCAGCAAUAUGGCGAAACCGAAGGCCCCCAGCUGCAGGCCGAUUCAUAAUGGGCCCUUGGGAAGUAAAUCCUCGAAUCAUCUUGCUGGGAGCUGUUUAGCUCUGGGAAGUGGAGAAGGAGCCAGUGAAGUGCCUCACUCCAGACAGGCUGCUUUCAGUAGCCCCAUUGAAACAGAUGUGGUACCAGACACCAGGCUUUUGGACAAGUUUAGUCAGAUUACACCUCAGCUUUUUACAAAACUAGAUGAGACUAUCCCAAAUCCAGCCCCGGAGACUUUGUACAUCAUCGACUUCUUCAUUGCAUUGGCCAUUUGCAACACAGUGGUGGUCUCUGCUCCUAACCAACCGCGACAGAAGAUUGGACUCUCAUCACUGAGUGGAAUGCCUAUCAAGUCCUUGGAAGAUAUUAAAAACCUCUUCCAGAGGUUGUCUGUCCGAAGAUCAAGUUCGCCAUCGCUUGCCAGUGGGAAAGAGCCCUCUCCCGGGGUCCCAAAUCCCUUUGUGAGCAGACUCUCCCUCUUUAGUCGAAUGAAACCGGCUUUCCCUGUGGAGGAAGAGGCCUCCCACAUGAGUGAGAGCCCAGAGGGCCCUAGGAACUCUCCUUGCCCUACAGAAGUUGAGAAACAGAACACUGAUCCAGGCCUCCCAGAGGGCAAGGUGGCCCCCUCCCCUGGACAGCCGUUGGCCUCCACCCUGUGUUACGAGGCCGAGAGCCCUGAUGAAGCGGCCUUGGUCUAUGCCGCCAGGGCUUACCAAUGCACUUUACGGUCCCGGACACCGGAGCAGGUCGUGGUGGACUUCGCUGCUCUGGGGCCAUUAACAUUUCAACUCCUGCACAUCCUGCCCUUCGACUCAGUAAGAAAAAGAAUGUCUGUUGUCGUUCGGCACCCCCUUUCCAACCAAGUUGUGGUGUAUACGAAGGGUGCUGAUUCGGUCAUCAUGGAGUUGCUGUCAGUGGCUUCCCCAGAUGGAACAAGUCUCGAGAAACAACAGAUGAUAAUAAGGGAGAAAACCCAGAAACACUUGGAUGACUAUGCCAGACGGGGCCUACGCACUUUAUGUAUAGCGAAGAAGGUCAUGAGUGACACAGAAUAUACAGAGUGGCUGAGGAACCAUUUUUUAGCUGAAACCAGCAUUGACCACAGGGAAGAAUUACUCCUUGAAUCUGCCAUGAGGUUGGAGAACAAGCUCACUUUACUUGGUGCUACUGGCAUUGAAGACCGUCUGCAGGAGGGAGUCCCUGAGUCCAUCGAAGCCCUUCAGAAAGCCGGCAUCAAGAUCUGGAUGCUGACAGGGGACAAGCAGGAGACCGCCGUCAACAUAGCUUAUGCGUGCAGACUGCUGGAGCCAGACGACAAGCUCUUUAUCCUCAACACCCAGAGUAAAGAUGCCUGUGAGACGCUGAUGAGCACAAUUUUGACAGAACUUCAGGAGAAGAACCCGGCCUUUCCCGAGCAAGCAUCAUUAAGGGACGGUUUACACCAGCCUGCGGCCACGCAGGACUCAGAGCUGCGGGCCGGCCUCAUCAUCACUGGGAAGGCCCUGGAGUUCGCCCUGCAGGAGAGCCUGCAGAGGCAGUUCCUGGAGCUGACCGCCUGCUGUCAGGCUGUGGUCUGCUGCCGAGCCACCCCUCUGCAGAAAAGCGAGGUGGUGAAACUGGUUCGCAACCACCUCCGGGUGAUGACGCUGGCCAUCGGUGAUGGUGCCAAUGAUGUUAGCAUGAUUCAAGUGGCAGACAUUGGGAUUGGGAUCUCGGGUCAAGAAGGCAUGCAGGCUGUGAUGGCCAGCGACUUCGCCCUUGCUCAGUUCAAGCAUCUUGGCAAGCUCCUCCUUGUCCACGGGCACUGGUGUUACACACGGCUGUCCAACAUGAUUCUCUAUUUUUUCUACAAGAACGUGGCCUAUGUGAACCUCCUUUUCUGGUACCAGUUCUUUUGUGGAUUUUCAGGAACCUCCAUGACUGACUACUGGGUUUUGAUCUUGUUCAACCUCCUUUUCACUUCCGCUCCUCCUGUCAUUUAUGGGGUUUUGGAGAAGGAUGUGUCUGCCGAGACCCUCAUGCAGCUGCCUGAACUUUACAAGAGUGGUCAGAAAUCAGAGGCAUACUUACCCCUUACCUUCUGGAUCACCUUGUUGGAUGCCUUUUAUCAAAGCCUGGUCUGCUUCUUUGUGCCUUACUAUACCUACCGGGGCUCAGACAUUGACAUCUUUGCAUUUGGAAACCCCCUGAACACAGCGGCCCUGUUCAUCAUUAUCCUCCACCUGGUGAUUGAAAGCAAGAGUUUGACCUGGGUCCACAUGCUGGUCAUCGCGGGUAGCAUCUUGUCUUAUUUCUUCUUUGCCUUGGUUUUUGGAGCCGUGUGUGUCACUUGCAACCCACCGUCCAACCCCUACUGGAUUAUGCAGGAGCACAUGCUGGAUCCCGUGUUCUACCUGGUUUGUGUCCUCACAACCUGCGUCGCUCUCCUGCCCAGGUUUACAUACCGAGUUCUUCAGGGAUCCCUGUUUCCGUCUCCAGUUCGGAGGGCUCAGCACUUUGACAGACUGACUCCAGAGGAGAGGACUGAAGCUCUCAAGAAGUGGAGAGGGGCCGGAAUGAUAGGCCGGGGGCCAUCUAAGUAUGCUGACCACUCAGCUGCCAAGUCGGAGAAAACAGCCAUGUCUGGCCCGCCUGCUGCCUUUGUGAUGAUGUCAGCACCGUCUUGUGCUGUCGAGCAGGGAAGCUUAUCUGUACAUGAAACUGCUUUGGACUCAGACUUCUGUGAAACUAAGGCCUCAGGAAUGGCUGGGCCCUCAGACGGUUAAAAACAAAACAAACAUAGCAGGGUAUCGUCCUUGAAGUGUGGCAAGUCUCCCUUCAAAUCUGGAAGAGGGACUUUGAAGAGGCACUUCCAUCAAGCAAGAAUGAGGUGGAUUUUUCCCCAAGGGACAUGAAGAUUCUUCUGUGCCCAGAAAAGUCAAUGUGAUGACCUGUCUUGUAGGUUUGUAGAUACAUUUGUAAGCGUGGUUGGAGUUUGACCUGAACUGAGUUUAAGGAGGCAAAAUAUUUCAUUCUGAAUCAGAUGCUUUUAUGAAACUUUUUGGAUUUCGUAAAAGCGUUUUAAUUGUCUCAGACGUGCAGACAUUCUUAAGGGUUCAUUGGAGAUAUAUUUCUUUUACUGGGAGAUUUCAGAUUCCAGGGAAAUGCUUUCAAUGAGCAGACUCCAAUCUGAAUUUUCUUUAAUGAAGAAAAAGUAGUUUUUAGAUCAGUUGGAAUGCAGAAGGGAUUUCCACAUGAAAAAAAAAUGUUAUAAAUGGUUAUUUUCCAGAGAAAAAAUUCCAAAGAGUCUUUUAAAUGACAAGGUACCUAAAAUAGGGUAAUCACUGUACUGUUGAAAAUGUAGUUAGUGAUUAUUAAUAGCUUUUUAUUUCCUCCAGGAAGAUGCUUUGGCCGCCUGACUGCCGAUGUAAGGCAUCCCCCUCUGCUCAUUUCAGUGUUGUGUCGAUGCGGGGUCUUCCUGGGGCAGGGGCAGCGGGGGCCAGGGUUUGGGAGGAAUAUGUUCCUCUUUCAGCUUUCAGGCAAGGGAAGACCUUUUAUGAGGGAGGUCUGCCUCUGUGCAGACAUCAGCUGGAAAGCUAGGCCAUAGGUAGGGCAGACAAAAUCAGCUGAGUGUGUAGCCCAUUUGGCAAUUCCCUGUUUUCUGAAACUCACAAUAGCCUGAUGAAAAUGAGACCAUCAGUUUGAAAACAAUCUUCAAGAGACCAUUUGAGGGUUCAUAGCCUUUACAGUACCCUACAAGGUCUCUGGUGUUAUAACCUUUAAAAAUGAGAUAUUAUGCAUUGAGACUAAUACACGUGGUUCUCAGCAGGAUUCCAUGAGGUUCUUAGAAAAAUUUGUUUUUAAAUACAUUUUAAAAAGGACAGGAAUGUCGAUAGCAAGUUAAUUGCUGUUGCAGAUCAUGCGUGCUGGCUUUAGUUGGGACAGAGAGACUGGUUCACCAGGUGUUACAAGGUCAUCUAUUUUUGUUGAGUUCUUUUAAAACUUAAUAUCUGUUCAUCUGAAAAUUGUGGGCCACUAACCACCCACAGAAUCUCCUUCCUGAAAUCUCCAUGCUGACGUUCUAUGUCUGUAUCAUGUCUUAUGACUAUUAAUCUGUUAUUCUCAGGGCUUCAUCUUCUCCUGCUGCCUCUGUGUCCUGGUCUGACGUUUUUUUUGUAACUGUCUGAUAUUACUGCAAAUAGUCUUUUAUAGAGACCAAUUUCUAGAACUUUCAAAAUCCCACAUGGCUAUUGGAGGUUACUUUCUGCUUUCUUUAAUGAUUUUUUAAAAAAUAAACUGUUUAAUAAAUCAUGUGUACAAAAAACUGUCACCACUCCUGUACAUAUCACCAAGCCCAGUGGUAAUUGGUAGCUUAGGAGAAAAAUUCCAAAGCCCACCUUUUACCAGAAUAUUGUAAUGACCUUUUCUUAUAUGGAAAAGUCAGUAAUGUUGUAUCGUCUGUAAUCCUCAUAGCAGCUGGCAUUCAUUCCCUGAAGAUAAAUAAAGGUUAGAAUCUAAAAAGAAUAAGCCAAGAAGACUAAGGAAAAAUGUCAGUCUCCCAGAUGUCAAGUACCCAUAUAUAAAAGUAGAAAGUCUUGAGUGUUCUUGUUACGAGUCCGCAAUCUUAUCCACAAUUCCAAAAUCCCGAGAGCUCUGAAACCGAAAAUUUUUUCAUUGAUUAGGUGCAAGUUCAAUGUCCUAAACAGAUGUAAGGCAGUUUAUUUAAUGUAAUCAUUCAGAUAUUUUGCUAUAAAAAUGUAUUUUAUUACAGUUGCUAAAUUGUAUUUUUUAAAUUCUGAAAAAUUCUGGAUUCUGAAACAUAUCUGGCCCUUGGGCGAAAGAGAUUUGGGAUCUGUAUGAAGGCUUUGAAGGGUCUCAUUUACAAGUAAAUAACUAUUACGCAGAGUUACCCAAGCUAAUAGGAUCUAUUGCAUUUUGGUAUUCAGUGUAUUUUACCAAAUUUCAGGGGACCAAGCAUUGUAUCAUUGCUCCUGGUAGCCAGGAAAAAAAAUUGAUUAAUAAUAUACGUUUUGGGGUAUAACUUUACCCCAAAAUAUUUAUGAAAGAAUUAUUAUAUCAGGCUCCCAAAAUGUACUCUAGACAUGAAAGAUUGCUUGCACUCUUACUAGAAUUAAAGUUUUCUUUGGACACUUAAGGGACUUGAGACUAUUAGCAGCCUGUCAUUUCAGACAGCCAUCCAUCACCUGAAAUAAAAGUGUGUGUUCCUGUAACAGCGAGACACAUGGCAGGUCAGUUCGGAUUGGUCGGUGGCUGGGGGGUCAACUAUUAGAGUGGGAGGCAUAGUUUUCUGGGAUUGCUAUUAUCCAUGUUCCAUGUCCAUUAAAAAAAAAGGGUUGUACCAUUUUAUUUGUAUUAAGGGUUAUUUAGAAUUAGUACAGUAAGUACACUUGACUGAACAUAAGUUGAGCAAGGCUCACAGUUAUUACACGAAGUAUAUACCUACCACUCUAACAAAACGGACAUGGGUUCUUACGCUUCCACACAAUCCUGACCCUAAUUCCGUUGCUGGAUUUCACAUUCUCAGUAGGUUUAUACGAACUCCAGAACAUGGAAAGUGUCAAGGCAACUUUUUGAAUCUGAAAUUCGUGCACACAUAGAAAAGAGUACAAAAACACAGGUAUAAAAUUGCAGGUGAGUCUCUGGGGGAGGGGGAUGCCAAGGCCGUCCGGGGUGCUGGGGAAGGUUAGGAGGGAAUCCUCCUUGUUCCGAAGGCAUUUGGAUGUUGCAAAAUGGAUGCCUAACUAAAUUACUUAUGUGUGAAAAUUUGCAUUUUGAAGCUUUUUAGUGGGGAGAAAAAUACUUCUAACCACUAGUUACUUCGGAAAUUGAUGUGCCUAAAGUGGCCUAGUGCUUAAAAGCAUUUUUAAAUUUUUGUUUUAAUUAUCAAGGGGAGGCAAUGACAACAUCAGAAAUUAAACACAUUUCAAGGAAAAUUACAAAAUGUUUUACUCCAUGCAAACUUGAACUGUGCUUUGAGAGGCGCUUCUGUGACUUUAUCAUCAUGGAAAACACAGGAAAAUUGGAAAAUACCGAAUUGGAGGUCGGGUGCAGUUUAAUUUUUGUUUUCAAAAAUUGAAUCUCUCCAGGCUAAAGCAAUUUCUCCUCUGGCAAAGUUUAAUCUCCAUUCACGGUGACACAGGCAAAGCAAAAUGCUUCCCGUGAAUAUUCUUCUAGCUGUUGAGGUCUCAGUCAGCCAACUGAUAACACACUGAACAAAUCCCAGCUAUGGGAAGGUUCUAUGGAGAUUUUUCUAUAAGGUUAUAUCCUUAAGUUCAGAACGUGCAGUCCUAUAAUGUUAAUGCUAGUGUUGAUGUCUAAAGAGCUUUGUGUUCAGUGUGUCUUGCCAUUUCAACUACCUAAAUGAUGCUACUUGUCUUACCUCUGUGUCCAUAGGUUUUCAGAAUUAUGCAGAUGUGAGUAAUAGUAAAUAAUUUAAGCGUGUAAAUUGUCUUGGCUCUUAAUAAAUCAAAAGCAAGUCUCCAAUAUUAAUAUUGAAAUUUGCCACUAUGCUAUUGUGCUUGAGAAACAAAAGCUGGCAAAGUUUGGUCAGCCUGGAUCUCAAUGUCCUCUUUGUGACUGGAAUAAAGAGAAUUUUCUAGAA